AAAUUAAAAACAAGAGAUCUAAAAUGGGAGAGAAAACGAUUAUGCACUAUAGCAGCUCUCAGAAGAUACUCUUAGUGGGUGAGGGCAAUUUCUCCUUUGCUGCUUGCUUAGCCAAAGAAUUUGGCUCUCCUGUGAAGAUGGUUGCAACUUCUUUCGACUCCAAAGAGUCUUUAAUGCAAAAGUAUUCAAAUGUAAUGAGCACUUUGAAUGAGCUAAAGGGCAAGGGAUGUACGGUGUUGCAUGAGGUGGAUGUUCAUACCAUGAGCCAACACCCCAAGCUAACGAAUAGACGAUUCGAUCGCAUUGUCUUCAAUUUUCCUCAUGCAGGUUUCAUCUCGAUGGAACAUAACAAGAUCCAAAUUAAGUUGCAUCAGGAUUUGGUCAAGGGGUACUUCACCAGUGCACGUGAAAUGCUCACAGAAAGUGGAGAAGUUCAUGUGACUCACAAGACCACCCAUCCUUUCAGUAAGUGGAACAUAGUGAAGUUAGCAGAAGAGGUUGGGUUGUUUCUGGUUGAGGAAGCACAGUUCACACGAGCAGAUUAUCCAGGUUAUAUAAACAAGAAAGGAAGUGGAAGGAAAUGCAACCGUACUUUCCGUGUUGGACAGUGUAGCACCUACAAAUUUGCCAAGCUACCACUUCAACUGUACUUUCCGUCUUGAAUUCUUGAAUUACUUGUGC